CACAUGGGUUUAAGGCCCAGUCAUUUCCCGACAGGCAACCCCAGCGAGUGUGCCACACAGUCCUGUCCGCGCAAACAUCACGUACACCAUUCAGAUUUUCUGGGUACCGUCCUUUUCCAAGAAAAACGCAAACUAAUUCGAAAGCUGGCGCUUGAAUUCUCCGACGAGACAGGAGUUGUGUUGGUUGUGCCCGAAGAGAACAUUUUAACCUGAGAAUCAGAGGAUGAAUUUGACUAAGUCGUCGGCGGCAAGUAGCCGAGAUGAUGUUAGUCAUACCACGAUCCCGAAAACAUCUAAAAUCUGCGGAGUUUGCGGCGAUGUCGCCCGCUGCUAUCAUUUCGGUGGCCUGUGCUGCGCAAGCUGCAAAGCCUUCUUCCGCCGGGCUGUCGUCAACGACCGUUACAAACAGUAUCGCUGCGUGUACGGAGGGUCCUGCCGGAUCGACAUUAUUUCGAGGAAACAUUGCUCGCACUGCCGCCUGAAACAAUGUCUUGCCAUCGGCAUGGACAAGAAAUGGUUCAUGUCGGACGAAAUGCGAGCCGAAUUGAAAUUGAAAUCUAUCAAGAAAUUGAGGAACAACCAGGAGCAACUGAUGAUUUUGACUCAGAAAAUCUGCCGCCAACUGGGGCCGCCCGAACGACCCACCACGUCACCCUGUCUCAUGUUGAAUCCCGACCAGGCCAAAGAGAUCCACGUCUUGGUCAACCUCUGCCGGAGAUCCUACCAAGUGAACGAAUACCCCAAACAAUAUCAAUCCAGCGACUGUCACUCGCCGUGUGGCCACACGGCCGUCAUCUUCUCCAACGUCAUCCUCCGCGUCUUUCACUUUUUGCAGAGCGUACCUCAACUCCAGCACCUGAAAACCUCCAGCCAAAUGUCUCUGUUGAAACAACGAGGGAUGGAAUCGCUGAUCGUCAUGUCGGCCCUGUCGUUCGACCCCAUCGGCCGCGUCUGGAGCAACACGACCAACUACAAAGUCCUGCUGAACGAGCCGUACCCGAUUCACGUUUGCGAAAAAGAUUUCGAGCGGCUGCACGGCCACUCGGUGAUGCGCAAACAUUUCGACACCAUCAGCUCAUUGCUGCUGAGUUUGAACGCCGACGAGCAGAUCGUCGUGCUCCUGUCGCUGGUGGCCUUCUUCACGAUCGACGACCACCAGAACGGCAAUUCCGAAGAAGCUGCUCAGAUCCUGGCCAUCCAGGAGCAUUUUAUCGAAUUGCUCAAACGCUACGUACACUGGAAAAUGGGGCCGGAAAUUAGCGAGAACGCCUUUACACGUUUUAUCCUCAAGUUGUCCGACGUCCGCGAAGUUCACAACCUUCACAAGGUUGCCCAGUUACGUUUGACCAGCGACGAGAUCCAGCAGUUGGAGCAUCAAUUGGGAGGACUGGUUCUGUUGAAAGGCGAUUCCCAGCAUUAGCCGUUCGUGCGUGAUGCAGACUGUGGACGUGCUCUUGAUUUCUUGUUUUUAUUCCACAUACAACCCAUCGUGUCUUCCCUUUUCCUCCUCCGGCCUCUUCAACUCAUCACAACAUGAUUCCCAGUAUACAACAGACAUGACGUCGUUACCAAAGCGAAUCCGACCAUCAUCAGUUUUUCUCCCUUUAUCCACCCCCAAAUUUGGCUCCUCCCAUAUUCCUAUGAAGAAUUUACUGAUAUGCGCGUUGAUAUAUGUGUACGGUAGUUAUAUAAAGCUGUGCGUCUGCUCACGGCUAGGUGGUGGCUCUGUGUCUACGUGAUGUUUUCCAAACGUUCAUCUCUGUCAAUCAAUACAGGCGUCAUACCAAAAAAGA